CGCCGAGCACACCUACGCCGUGAUUUACCACCACUUCAACGGAGCCUUUAAAGCCGCAAAAGCCCCGCCGCAAGCAAACCCCACACACACGUAACACCCUCCACACCGCUCCCUCUCUGUCGAUGGCGAGGCGGUCGGUGCAUCGGAGGCAGGAGUUCAGCUUCGCGGGGGACUCGCCGACGCCGUCGUGGGGCGCGGAGGCCGGCGAGGGGCGCGCGCUGCCUCCCCGGCCGCCGGUGGUGGCGACGGCGAAUCCCAUGGCGCCGCGCGCGGGGGAGGAGGACUUCCGCUGGCUGCAGGCGUCCAGGCAAGGCUCGCCGGAGUCCGGCUCCGGCACGCCGUCGCCGCAGCUCUGGGCGCACCACGACCGGCUGUACCCGGCCUCCGCCGGGAGCUCCCCGUCGCGCGCGCAGGCCAUCGCCGGCUACCGCCGCGAGAUGCUCGACCUCGUCCGCGGCCUCCCCGAGGCCGCCUACGAGCUCUCCCUCCGCGACAUCGUCGAGUCCCGGCCCUCCCCGCUGCCUCCUCCUCCACCACCACCACCACCACCACCACCACCACCGGCUCAACCGUACGCCGUCGCUACGCAAGAACAAGGAGGCGGCGAGCCCAAGAAGGACGUCACGGCGGCUGCCAUGGACGGCGACGAGGCCAAGAAACAGAGCGACGGCGGGGGCAAGAAACAGGGGAAGGCAAGAAAGCAGAGGACGAUGGGGAGGACGCGAAGCCGGAGCAUGGAGCGCAGCGUGAGCCUGGACACCGGCCUGCUCAUCAAGCUCUUCCUGCCGCUCUCCGUCGGCCGGAAGAAGAAGGUGUCGCCCAAGCCCGCCGCGGUCGCCCCCGCCAAGGACGGCAGGAAGAAGACCAAGACGAAGAAGAAGAAGCAGGGGAAGAAGGAGGAGGAGGAGUGGUGGAAGAAGAGCGAGUUCAGCGAGGCGGGGAGCAGCAGCAGGACCAGCAGCAGCGGCAGCAGCAACAGCAGCGCCAGCAGGAACAACGAGAUUGGAAAUGGAAUUGGCGGCAACAACCCAAAAGCUCCGGCCAGGAGUAGGAGCAGAAAGAGAAUCGGGUGCUAUGGUUUCUUCGUGGCAAACAAGAGCAAAAAUGGGGUCAUCAAGGAAUAAAACUAUGCAAUUGCCAAGACCACGCGAUCAGCUCAUAUGAACACCGGCAUGGCGAUCCUAACGACAAUCACUGCACAGCUGCUCAUGCAUGCACAAAAAUGGAGCUCAUGGAAGCAAAGACUCGACGUGCAUGCCUAAAAACUGGUGGAAGAUCAUGAUGUGACCACUGCCCGUGCACAGGUGGAUACAUCUUGCCCAUGGAGAUUGCAGAGGACAGAUGAGAUCCAACAAUUGUAGCACUGAAGUCUUGACUUUGUCACAUAUGUUGUGCUUCUUUCUCUUUAUUUUUUGGAGAAAUAUAUGUUGUAUGUAUUUUCUCAGACAAUCACAUCUCUGGCUUGUACCAUCCCCUGUUUGUACAUGUUUUUAUACAAUCAUUUCUUUUGUCGGUA